CUCGUUGAGAAUGUCACCGAAUACCUGCGAUCUUCCUCUCCAAUGUCCGAUCACGCUCGUUCGCUCCAUACCCACUUCAGAUAACCCCUAAAAAUCGUUCCUUUCUUGUCUUCUUCUUCGCGAAAAAUGACCUUUUCAGCUGCAUCUGCAUCGGUCGCUCCUCCCGACCACUUCCCGCCGUCCCCCGGCGCUCGCUCCCUCUCGCUCCGCCGCCGCCGCCGCCGCUUCCCCAUCGUCGUCGGACUCGGCAAUCUCCGUCGGAGGCCGCUCCGUCUCUCGGCGUCGCUCGCCGAGAGGAGCCUCGACCCCUCGUGGGCCGACGAGGAUUGCGCGACCUCCGAUUCCGAUUUCAAUGGCUGGGCCGUGGUCGAAUCUCGGCCCCACAGGGCAAGAAAGGGAUUGCCAACGUAUGUUGUCGGGGCAGUUGGGACUUCACUCGCUGUUUUACUCGCUGUAAUCGCUCAUUACUCGCUGUCUAGAAAUGGGUAUAGUUUUCGUUUCGUCGAUCGGUUGCGAUCUUGGAGAAGUCUGUUGAAUCAGGCUGAAACUGAAGCUGUUGUGAGUGAGGAUUUGGACUCUGCUGUACCGGAUGGAAAGAGCAUUGUCUCCCAGGAUAGCCCGGAGGGUUUGUCUGAUUUAGUCAGCAACAAUGUGGUUUCAGACGGCUUAACAUCAAGGGAUAAGCAGCAGCGAGUUAUAGUUCCAGUUGCUGUAGAUUCUACUCAGCAGGAAGCUGUGAUGGUUCUGGAAAGACUGAAGAUCAUGGAGGAAGACAUCAGGGCCAAUGAAUUAUGCACUAGAAGGGAAUACGCUAGAUGGCUAGUUCAAUUAAGUUCUUCAUUGGAAAGGAACCCAAAACGUAGAAUUGUUCCAUCCUUGUCACUUUCCGGGUCUAAAGUUGCUGCCUUUGACGACGUGAGUGUUGAAGACCCGGACUUUGGCGCCAUCCAAGCGCUAGCGGAGGCUGGUAUCAUUUCUAGCAAGCUCGUGGGGGAAAACUCCAGUUCUUUCUUUGCAGAUAGGCACAGCAUGUUAUUCUAUCCUGAGAGGUUCAUCUCACGACAAGAUCUGAUAAACUGGAGAGUGCAAUUAGAAUACGAUUUUGUUCCGGGACUAGAAGAAGAGAUAUCAAAGAAAAAAGUUGGCUUCAUGGAUAUGAGGGAGAUCAGUCCAAAUAUACCGGCAGAGUUUUUCAUGGACUUGUUGGCUGGUGACAGGAGCAUAAUGAGAAAAGUUUUUGGACAGAGCAAGCGAUUUCAACCUAAUAAACCUUCCACAAAAGCACAAGCUGCUGUUGCACUAUCCAGUGGCCGGAUGAUGUCAGCAAUUCAGAUGGAACUAGCAAGACUGGAGGCAGAGAAUUUUUCGAGGGAGGUUGUAAUGGAAGAAAUUAGGUUAGAGUUAAUUGAAAAGGGUGACAUACAGAGGUUUUGGGAUGAGAGGCUGAAAGAAGAAGAAACCUGUGGUGUGGAAGUUGAAAAGGUUUAUCUUGUGGCAAUUGAUGAUUUAGAGCAAGAGAAGAUAAUUCAGGAGAAGAGCUUCCAAGAGCAUACGAAGGAGAAAGCGGCUUUGAAUUGUCAGAAGCAACUGAUUUGCAACCUUAGAGAAGAAGUUGAUGAGAUGUCAGACAGGCUUGCGUCAGAGAGAGCUAUCUAUGUUCGUGAACAAUUUGAGGUGCAGGAUACUAUCAGUGAUUUAGAGACCAAGCAUGAAAGGAUGCUGGAUACGAAAUCUAUUCUGGGAGCUGAGAUAGAAGCUUUGCGGAUUCUUAGGUCUUGGGUAGAAGAUGAAGCAAGGAAAAGCCAAGCCCGUGCUAAGGUGCUAGAGGAGCUUGGGAGAAGGUGGAGAUGGGAUGGUCAAUCAUGAUAAAGUAGUGUACAGUGGGUGGCUACUUGAAAUGCUUCUAGCUUUACAGCUACAAUUCCAAACUUCCGAUUGACCUUUCAUGUAUUACACAUUCGGUCUAGCGCUAGAUGCGACUAUAGGAUAUAAUUUUUCUUUGUCUGGCAGGACAAAGAAGGUUGAUUUUGUUCUCUCUCUCUCUCUCUCUCACUCUCCCCACAAAUCCCCACCCGACACUGUAUGUCCCUCUCCGUGUGCCUAUUGUCUGAAAAGAAAUCCUUUGAACAGUAUCAUCGACGCCAAGAUUCAAGAUUCUUUUGUCAUUUUUCUUUU